AUGACGACGACAAGACGGGCAGGAAGACAGGAGACCGGAAUGAAGAAGAGACGGAAGGACGACAAGAGUGAAGACAGAGACGGUAAGGAAGGAGACGGGCACCGGACGCAAGAGGAGGAGGAGACGGAAGACGCGCAAGAACCGGUGGAGACGGUGAAGACGGCACCCGGAGGCACCCCAGGAAAACAGACACGACAGAGGAGUGAGGAGAGACCGGCACACGGCAACGAGGAAUGGCACCCGGAAGGAGGUGAAGGAGGCACCCGGAAGGAGGACAGGAUGGAGUGGACACGGACACCGCAGGAGGAACCCGACAACAGGAAGACAGGAGGAGAGACGAGACGGAAGAGACAAACAGUGAGACGAGAGACCCGGAGGAGGAAGAGGCACCAGGUGAAGAGAUAUGGCACGGUGAAGGAGGAAUGA